CUCUCUCUCUCUCUCUCUCUCUCUCUCUCUCUCUCUCUCUCUCUCUCUCUGUCUCUCUCUCUCUCUUGUCAUGUGAUUGAUGAUUCAUGUUGCAUCCGCUCCUCCGUCUUCAGUCCCCACAGCUGUCGUGAUUCCACCGCUAGGGGGCGUCGGUCCUACACAUCACCGCCCCACAUGAUCCAAUCUUCAGCCUGGUGGAGGUGAAACACGGGCCUGUUUGAAUGGAUGGAUGUUUUAGGACCGAAGCAGUGAGUCAAAGUGAUAAAGUGAAACAAAAUCCACAAUAUGUACUGUAUUUGUAUUAUUGAAAUGUAACUCGUGUAUUUUGCCAUUAUUCAGAUGCAGCCUACUCGGCCAAAAGGAUUAGAUUUUGUCUCAAGGAUCUCAAUCUGGGAAGAUCUUCACAGUUAAAUAUAAUCUCUUUAAAACAAAAACGGUUGGUAGACAGCUGCACUGCAUGUAAUCCCUCUCCAUGGGUUUUUGUGAGUUAAAAGGGAUUAAAAUGUACUUAUUAUUUAAUGUUGGCCCCUCUUGUUGCAGAAAUAUACUCAACAAAAUGCACAAAUCAGCAAUCAACAUGAAAGUUUAGAGGCCUAUUUUACUAUCUUAUAAUUGGCUUAAGUGGUAGACAUGCUGUAUGAUCCACUCCAAGGGAUAAAGGUUUCUAGUAAGCUUAGUUAAUUUCACUUGGAAAUCUCUGGAGCCUCAUAUGGUGCUCUGCUCGGUAAGCCUCUUAGGAAUCACAGUGCCACAGCAGAUGUAGGGAGAAUGCCAAUCAGGAGCUCCUGCUGAGCGGAGAAACCCGACGGCUGUGCCACGGCGCGCUUCAACUCUCUGCCACGGUUCUCACCAAACACUGCUAAAUAUCGUCAGAGGCGCUUUAUGCUCAUGUUUUGCCCUUUUACACACGUAAACAGCAGCAGAAACGCGCGAGCUGUCAUGGAGAUGGAGCGCACAGGAAGUCUCCAACGAUUCUGAACCUACAGAAAAUAAAUCCUUGGUUGUCUGAUAGCAGAGCCAUGCUUCCUCAGGAUGUCGGGAAGCAAAAGCCAUGUCGUGUGUCGGAACCGAUGUGCGGCCUGGACAGUCCCCCGGUCCAAGUUCGGCGCUUAAAGAACCGGGACUUCCCUCUGAACGCGAAGCGCCGGCGGUCCGGUUCCGCACCUGAGCGCAAGGUGAACUGCGUCCUGGUUGGAGACGGAGCAGUGGGCAAGACCAGCCUCGUUGUCAGCUACACCACCAACGGAUACCCGACACAAUAUGUUCCAACAGCGUUUGACAACUUUACCGUGAUGGUUGUGGUUGACGGAAAACCAGUGAGGCUGCAGCUCUGGGACAUGGCUGGACAGAAAUGGGGGCUGGUCGAUGGACCAAUCAAUGACGAGCUGGAGCGUCUCCGACCUCUCUGCUACAGGAACGCCGACGUCUUCCUUCUCUGCUACAGCGUGGUGCGCCCCUGCUCUUUCCGCAGCCUGAUGGAGAAGUGGGUUCCUGAGAUCCGUCGGCACUGUCCCGCCUCGCCCCUGGUCCUCGUCGGCACCCAGCUGGACCUGAGGGAGGACGUCCAGGUGCUGAUUCAGCUCGCGCAGAACCAGGAGCGGCCGGUGGGCACCGAGGAGGGCCAGCAGCUCGCCCAGGAGCUCGGGGUGGUGAGCUUUGCAGAGUGCUCUGCUCUGACCCAGAAGAACCUGAAGGACACUUUUGAUUCAGCCAUCUUGGCCUGCGUCCAACAGACAGACAGCUGUAGUGUCCAGCAGCAGAGGCAGACUCUCAGGAAGAAGACGCCCGAUAAGUUCAGGAGCCUCUCGGAGACCUGGUGGAGGAAGAUCCCGUGUCUGAUGGGAGAUCAGAGCUGUGACUUGAAGUGAACUCCUGCAUAAUUACAAACCCGGGUCGGAUCCUGUUUGCCGAUACUCAGAUUACCACAAAGUGGCUGCUCCAAUCCCCAGACUGACAGGAAAA